AUGUCUUCUUCAAUUAAGCCAUCAUCUUCUUCUGCUCCAUUCGAUGAGAACAAUAUCAAAUAUUUUUGUUUUUGUAAAAAACUACACAUUCGGACUGCUGCUCGUCUAGUCUCCAUUUUACUUGUAAUUGGUGUUGUGAUAAAUAUAUUUUAUUCAUUUGGACGAACAUCAACACUUAUUAUUUAUUCAUGGGUUCUCGCAACAUUUGCAAUUGGAGUUUAUGGAAGUCUCGUUUAUGGCGUUUUUCGUGAAAAAAGAAUUUUUACAAUGCCUUUUCUUGUUUUUCAGGCUUCAUUCAUCUUUCUUAUUGGAAUGAUGUUCUUUGUCUUUAUGAUUUGUGCAAUGUUUUCUGUGGAUUCACUCAAGAAGAUUGCUUAUGAUUUUGGUGGUAUAAAUGAAAAUGAUACUAACAAUUCUUAUCAUGAAAGCAUUCGUGGUUUUGUUAUAAUGGUAAUGCUUUUCUUUAUUGCCUUCUUUUCUUCGCAAUGUUGGUUCUUUGAAGUAAUUUAUCGUUUUUAUCAAUAUUUGGAGGAGAGAGAAAGUUCAUUUGCUUUUAAUUUGGAACCAGAAUUUAGUAUGCCUUGAAAUCUUGGAGGAUUGAUGAGAGAGGAUUUUAUUGGAAUGUGUGAGGAGAGGAGGAAAAUGUGUACAUCCAAGUUUGAUAUUUUUUCUAUCAGCUUUAAAUUUUUAUUUUUUCCUUUUUU